UAAAUUCCGGAAAAGGAAGCACGAGGUACACGUCACGCAACAACACUAAACACAUUUGCAUUACCCUACCAGACGAACACUUUUGGGGGAAAAUGAAGCUGAAAAUGGGACAGAUAUUUUUUGUAGGCUUUAUCGUUGUAUCAUUUGCUUUGGCUGCAGAUAAUGCAGACUCCAGUAGUGAAAAAGACAAGGUCGAUGCAGAAAAAGUGGAGUACGCUAAGGGUUCAGUGUGCGGGUACUGCGAGUACUGCAAGUUCUGCACGCUGUGUGAAAAAGACUGUCCUUGUGAAACUAGUCCAUCCAAGCCCAACUGUAAAAUGUGCAAGUACUGUAAAUUCUGCUACCUGUGCUCUGGAGUGUGUAAUACCAUCUGCCAACCAGGUGGUGUUAUAGACAAAGUAUCAGCUGCUAUUGUCAAUGCCCUCCCUUCUCAUGACCCAGAUGAAAUAAACAAAGACAUAAAAUCUGUGGAUGAUUGGAUCAAGAAGAGCAAGGAUGAGUUAUAACCUGAGUGAACGUAGGAUAAUGUUAUCAUUUCAAUACCACCCUAAUGUUUCAUCAUGCAUUCCAAAUGUUUAAGAGAACUCUAGAGUGUCUGUAGAUGUUCUGUUUGUAAUGUAAAAGUAAAUUUGAUGUAAAAUGUAUUACAUGUAUCAUGAACAAGAUGUAUUCAUGCCAUUUACACCGUAUUUUAAUAUUACCUUGGAAAUCACUACUAUUAGUGAACUCUGAUUAACAUGUACGUUACUGAAGAAGAAUUUUCACCUUCAGGUAUUAUGCAUAUCAGUUUGGUGGGCUUGUGAAUCAUCAAACUUAAUGGCCAAUAUGAACAAAUUAAUGCGAUACAUUGUUCCUUUACCUGAUAAUUCAACCAACAUUAAUCAAGAAACAUAAUAAUGGCUGAUAUAUGGUUUUAAUCAACAGUGUACUAUCAGUUUAUGCAUAUAGAGUCCAAGAUCAUAGAAAUCAGACUGCAAAUUAUAUCAUUAAUUGAACUUAAACUGUAGCAACAAGUUUUGUACAACAGCAAUUUCUCUUUUCUAUUUCUGUGUACAUGUAUAUGUUUAAUGCGGAUAUUGUUUGAUGAUGACCAUUUUGUUUCCCACAAUUACAUUGUGAUAUAUUUUUAGACUGUAUGUUGAGUUUGUAAAUCCAUUACCGUUUGCAAUAUCUAGCCACAUACUUGUAUCAUGUUUGUAAUUUAUGACACAUCAGUUCCUGUUCAUUAUGUGUUGGUGUAUGUCCUUUUUUAUUCCAGAAAACAAAUUAAAAAGUUUUUGUAAGUUGU